GUUGAAGUUUAUCAAGAUGACCUCAUUGUUCAUGGUUCUAAUAAGGUAUUUCAUGACCAGAGACUUAUUGCUUUAUUGCGUCGUCUAAUUGAGAAGAAUAUUACAGUGAAUCCAAAUAAGUGUUCAUUUUGUGUAUCUAGUUUCGAAUGCCUUGGAUACCUAGUUGAUGGUAAUGGUUUUAGCCCAGAUAUGAAACGACUAGCUCCACUGACAAAUGCACCGUCUCCAAAAAUCCUACGGAAUUACGUCCACUAGUGGGCGCUCUUCAAUACUAUUCCCGUUUUAUUCCUAAUUUUUCUUGUCGUGCAAAUUGUUUAUUUAAUAUUUUCACAUCCAAUCAUUCAAAUGGAGUGAGGAGCAAUAGUCAUGCUUACGAAGUCUACUAAAGUUUCUUCAAAGUGACGCUGUUCUUCGAACUUACUCCCACAGUGUGCAUUCUGUGCUCAUUACUGAUGCAUCACCGGCGGGUAUUGGUGCAGUUUUGGAACAGGAAUGUAGACCAGUUAUUUGUGUUUCACGCAAACUUACUGUUACUGAACGAGGUUAUUCACAAACUCAGCGAGAAGCAUUAGCUUUGUUUUGGGCUCUUAAAAGACUUCAUAAAUAUUUAUUCGGAAAGAAACUCACCAUUGUUACGGAUCAUGAAGCUUUAAGGUUUAUUUAUCAUCCUGAAAAGUCCUUGGCACGUUCCCAAGCUGCUAUGGUUCAACGAUGGAGUAUUGUUUUGAGUACAUAUGACUAUACGGUUCAGCACAAGAGUGCCAAACAAAUUCAACAUGUUGACUACAUUUCUCGACAGUCAUUACAAGAUAGAUCUAUUAAUACUUCGGACUGUUUGUUAGUGCAACCUUUACCAGUGAGACGUUCAGAUCUCAUUAGAGAAACUCGCAGAUAUUUUGGAUGUAUACUCAGUGCUAUACAGAAAGGCUGGAGUGCUAAUUUGGAACGUAGAUUUCCUAUCUAUUUUUCAGAGCGGGAUGAGCUAUCCACUACGCCUGAUGGUAUUUUGUGUUUAAAUGAUCGUGUUGUCAUCCCUCCCUCACUGCGUAAAUCUGUUCUUGAAGAUCUUCAUGGUGGUCAUUUAGGUGUUGAGAAAAUGAAGUCCUUGGCAAGGCUCACAUGUUGGUGGCCAGAGAUAAAUGCAGUUAUAUGUCGUAGGGCAAACAAUUGUGAAAAAUGUCAUCUGUUGAAAAAUCAGCCUUGGAAGUGGACACCAUGGCCAGUAUCUUCUGAGGCCUGGCAGAGAAUUCAUGCUGACUAUUGUGGUCCGUUUCUUGGCAAAUACUAUGCACUAGUAGUUGUUGAUUCUUUUUCAAAGUGGCCUGAAGUUUUUUCACAACUUCACCGAAUUCUAAUUUCACAAUCCAAGCAUUAAGAAAGGUGUUCAGUCGAGAAGGGGUUCCUAUGGUGUUAGUGAGUGAUGAUGGCUCUCAUUUUGCUGCAGAUGCAGUCACUACCUGGUUGAAUGAUAUCG